AUGACUAAUGGACUCUCAAACCCUCGAAAUCAUGCUUCUAGCUCGAGUGCAUCUACUAAAGCUGAAAAACGAAAAGAGUAUCAAAAAAGAUACUAUGCUGCACGCAAAGAAAAUAACAAAGUAUCUAAAUUUGGGAGUGGUGAUGCCCCCCAAAGUGCUUCAUCAAUAUCUUUAAUGAAUAAUAGGUCAACAGAAAGGACACCGUUAAGAAGUUUACAAACUAAUAUUACUCAAUUUCUACAAACAACAAAUGAGAACGCCUCAAGUGUUUCUACUACAAAAUGCAAGGAGUACAAUGAAGGAUGUUCUAAUACACCAAACGAUAAUGGAAUGCGUAUUUCAAAUGGCAGUCAAGUCAACCAAACCCCGAUAGAUGAUGGACCUACAUUACCCCAAUUUGCUGAAGUAGUUGAUCAACCUUCCCUCCAACAUGGGAGCGUAGAAGAUGAUCCUUAUAAUUUUGUUUACAAUGGUGUACCUGGAGAGCAUCGUGUUUUAAAGGAACGAGCCGCAUGUCCUAAUUGUGGAGCAAAACGAUUUCAAUUUGAAUUUGAUACCUUUUGUUGUAUGAGUGGGAAAACCGUGUUAGCAAACUUAGAAAUUCCAGAGGAAUUGUACCGACUUUUCACGUCUCAAGAUGAAAUUGGAGAUUUGUUUAGGCAAAACAUCCGUGCUUAUAACACCAAUUUUUCUUUUGCCUCAAUGGGUGUGACAUUGGAUGAUACAUUGAACAAUAUGAGAGACGGCGUAUAUACUUUUCGUGCACAUAAAGGAAUAUAUCACAGAAUCGACCAAUUAGUUCCGAGGGAUGGGACUCCUAGGUACUUGCAGUUGUAUUUUUACGAUCCUGAUACUGAGUUAGAUCACAGACUCCGAUGGCCAAAUCUUGAUCGGCGUAUUACUCAGAUUUUAACACGCGUUCUUUCUACAAACCCAUAUGUCGAUACAUUUAGAAGACUUACGGAACUAGGACCUCUGGACAACUAUAGAGUCACUUUGAAUACUUCGGUUGAACUUGACCAAAGGGUGUACAACCGACCAACGACAUCGGAGGUUGCUGGUAUUUGGGUUGAAGGUAAUGACAAUAUCACUUCGUAUAAACGAAGUAUUGUAGUGUACGGUAGGUCUGAAUAUAGACAAACUAUUCAGCCGUACUUCAGUUGUUACGAUCCAUUGUCGUAUCCUUUAUUUUUUCCUAAUGGUGAGUCGGGUUGGCAUGCUAACAUACCACGUCAAGGAGUAUCAAUCAAUGAGGUUCGCAACAAUGACAACAUCGAAGGAGAAAUGGAAGAGGCUAACACACGAAGUGGUAGAACAACCGUGGCUAUGCGAGAGUACUACUGUUACAAGUUCCAGAUUCGAUCUACCGAUAAUGUGCUUUUGUUCGGUGGUAGGCUGCUACAGCAGUUUGUGGUUGAUGUUUACAUCAAAAUUGAGACGUCACGCUUAGAAUUUUGUGAGAGAAACCAGGAAAAAAUUCGAGCCGAAUUGUACCAAGGUAUUGUGGAUUGCGUCAAUACUGGUGAGGUUCAUGCAAACAGAGUCGGGAAAAGAAUUGUGUUGCCUGCAUCUUUCAUCGGGGGGCCUCGCGACAUGCGACGUCGGUUUCUAGAUGCGAUGACGUUAGUUCAAGACGACGGCAAGCCUGAUGUAUUCCUUACAAUGACAUGUAAUCCUAAGUGGCCUGAGAUAUGUGAUAACUUACAUGUUGGUCAAACUGCUACAGAUCGUCCAGACCUUGUUUCAAGAGUGUUCCGGGCUAAAUUAGAAGAUCUUAAGGAUCAACUCUUCAAGAAACAUGUCCUCGGGGAAGUUAAGUCAUACGUCUAUGUCAUUGAAUUUCAAAAGCGGGGUUUGCCGCACGCACAUUUUCUCCUAAUCAUGUACCCGCAACACAAGAUCAAUAACGCGGACCAUUAUGAUAAGGUUGUGUGUGCUGAAAUUCCUAACAAACUAACACAUCCCAGAUUGCAUGAGAUGGUUGUCAAGCACAUGAUUCACGGUCCUUGCGGCAAUUUACGAUCAAGCAGUCCUUGUAUGCAGGGUGAUCCUAAAAUUUGUCGUUUUCACUAUCCUAGACAAUUUAACGAACAGACGACACAAGGAGAAGAUUCGUAUCCGUUGUAUCGAAGGAGAGACACCGGGAUAGAAGUGGACCUACGAGGACAAACACUUGAUAAUAGAUGGGUGGUCCCAUAUAACCCAAGGCUUUUGAUGAUGUUUAACAGCCACAUGAAUGUUGAAGUUUGCUCAAGUAUAAAAUCUGUGAAAUAUCUUUUCAAGUAUGUUUAUAAAGGACAUGACAAACAGGUUAUUCAAGUCGAUCAAAGUGAGCCAGGGGUUGUUAUUAAUGAGAUAAAAAGAUUUCAAGAUGCACGCUACAUAUCGCCCCCAGAGGCUAUGUGGCGAAUUUUUUCCUUCUCUCUUUCUCAAAUCUUUCCUGCUGUUCUAGCCUUACAACUUCAUCUCCCAAAUAAUCAGAUGGUUAGAUUUAGAGAUGAUGACUUGAUGCCUAAUAUUGUUGAUAGGGAAAGGGAUAAGAGAACCAUGCUAACAGCAUUUUUUGAUCAGAAUAGAAACGAUGAAACAGCAAGGGUACAUUUGUAUAAAGAUUUUCCAAAACACUAUACUUGGAAUGGAAGCACACGCCGUUGGAGUCGUCGUUUCGGUAAAAAACAAAGAGGUCGUAUCGUUUCCGCUAAUCCAGCCGAAGGAGAAAGGUACUACUUACGCCUACUUUUGUCAAAUGUCAGAGGGCCUACUUCUUUCGAACAUCUUUGCACAGUUAAUGGUCAACGGUGUGCGACAUUUCGGAAAGCAGCUCUUGAGUUAGGCUUAAUAGAAGACGAUGAAUAUCUAUCACAAUGUCUCGAAGAAGCCUCUACGUUUCAGUUUCCCAAUGCUCUUAGAAGGUUAUUUGCGACCAUAAUGAUUUUUUGCCAACCUGGAGAUGUUCGAAAGUUAUGGAAUGACCACUUUGAUUCACUAUCUGAAGAUCAUCGGUUACACUGUCAAAGUAUAGAACGAGUUCAAAAUAUGGUUCUUACCGAAAUAAGUGUCUUGGUACAAUCCAUGGGUAAAAAUUUCAAUGAAUUCGACCUUCCUAAGACAACUGACGAUGUUAACUUACAAGAUGCAGGUUAUCGUGAGUUACAAGAAGAGUAUGGGAUUGUUUUGGAACCUGAACACUUGAGUGCCAAACAUUCACUUAAUCCGGACCAAAAAAAUGUGUUUGAUGAGAUCAUGAUGCAUGUUGAUAAUGAUCUUCCAGGCGUGUUCUUUAUUGAUGGUCCAGGUGGAACUGGAAAAACAUUUUUGUACAUUGCCUUGCUUGCUGAAAUUCGGUCACGUGGUCUUAUUGCUCUCGCAACAGCUUCAUCAGGUGCAGCGGCUAAUAAUAUGCCAGGAGGUAGAACGGCUCACUCGAGAUUCAAGAUUCCUCUUAAUCUUGAAAAUAAUUCAAUGUGCAAUAUUAAAAAACAGAGUGGGGCCGCUAAACUGAUUCGCUCUGCCAAAAUAAUCAUAUGGGAUGAAGCGUCGAUGGCUAAACGACAAGCGAUAGAGGCAGUCGAUCGUACAUUCCAAGACAUUAUAGGUGUUAGUCUCCCAUUUGGUGGAAAGAUAAUGGUUAUGGGAGGUGACUUCAGACAGGUGUUGCCGGUUAUCAAACGUGGCACUCGAGCAGUGAUGAAUAUGAGCGCAAUUGAAAUUCACAGAUUGUAG